AUGUUCACGCGCGUAGCUUUAUUUUGCGCGUGCGCGCUAGUCGCGAGCAUUUUUGCUAUUCCUGCACCGCCGAGGCGAGAUAAUAAAGACUCAGAAAAGAUGGCGCAAGAAAGAACGAUAGUCAUUAGGAGAGUGCCUAACGCAUAUGUCUACCCCUUUAGUUUAUGGCCUUUGCCAAAAUAUCCCAUAAGAGAAGACCAGACAGUCGAAUACAUUUACAACGGAAAAGCAUUAAAGAAACUUAAAAUCGACCGAGAUAAGAGA